AUGUCUUCAGCAGCCGGAAAAACUAGCGGAGGCCUUUUUGAAGGGCUCUACAGGGUCAUCAUGCGCCGGAACUCAGUCUACGUCACCUUCGUCAUUGUCGGCGCCUUCCUCGGUGAGCGGGCCGUGGAUUAUGGAGUUCACAAAUUGUGGGAGUACAACAACAUUGGGAAACGGUAUGAAGACAUUCCAAUUUUGGGGCAAAGGCAAUUGGAAGAAUGA